AUGUCAGAGGUCUGCCUCCGUCUUACUACCCUUCAACGGCGCGAGGAUGGAUUGGCGAAACGAAGAAUCGGAUCAAUCGAGCGGUACAUCGAGCGGACAGUCGAGAACUUGAAGUGGGAUGAGAACGAUCAUCCCGCGGAGAGGACGAAGGAUGCUGUCGCUGCUGCAGUUCUGGAUCAUAACGUUUGCUCCGAAGGAGUUCAGGUUGAAAUUGGGACUUGCAAGGAUAUUGGAAAUUUCACGUCUGCUUUGCAGAGUCUGGAGCUUGAGACGACGAAUCACCCAGGCUUCAGAACAAAUUACAUGCAGACAGAUUACUUCAAUGAUUCCGAACAGGAGGAAACUGUUCCAGUUUUCAAGACGAGAGAAAAAUCUACUUUCGAAUUGGUAGUCCAGGGACCAGAAAUCUUAAUUUUCCAGGGCAUCAGGCAUUCUCCUGCGGAUAUCGCACCCUAUUGGAAGAAGGAUUCUCGGAUGUGGCUGUGGAAAUCGGUUCGGCUCGCGAGGAGGUUAAAAAGUAUCAAAGCAAAGGCUGCUCCUGCAAGCACCUUGUAUCGCGAGGAUCUUUCGUAGCGUAUACUUUUAUCUAACUGUACAUACAAAUUUUCGAAUCGUAAUUUUAUUUUUUUAUAUUUCAUUUCAUUUUAAUAUUCAAACAAUGUUGGUGACUCAUGUGAGAUAUUCUUUCA